UACUGGGUUCUCUUCAGCGUACAGCAAUUCCUGGGGAGAAACACUGAGUGCUCAAAAGUCAGCUCUGAGAUGGGACAUCAAGCGCACCAUGAAAAAUCUGUGUGGAAAACUGUUGGAACUUGGUGAGCAGUGUUUUGUUGUCACUGUGAAUCCUAAGAAUGGCUAUGUGGGGCACAUGGGUACACAGUUGGGCAGUGAAUUCAUCGAGGAACACUCUCAGAUCCUCUACGAUUUCCUGGGUUACUGCGAAGAUGCACUGGCAGACACAGAACCUUCUGAAGACAGCUCCAACUCUGGAACAGAAUCAGAUGGUGAAGGGCAGAACACUGUUCCAACCAUGGGAACCACUGAAACCAGUCCAUCUCCCCUGCAUGACUCCCUAAAGGACAUUUUACAGGAACCAGACAGAGACCAGCUGCCCCUUAAACUGUACAUCUCCGCUCUGUCGGGUCACGUGGGCCCGAAACUACAGCAGAGGAUUCUUGGAAAGUCAACUAAAAAAAAUAUUGAUGGAACAUGUAGUGUUGAAAAAGUAGGGAGCAAACCAACAGGCAAGAUGGAUAAGGGUGAUGUCAAAGAUGACGUGGAAAAACUAGAUGAUUCAUGGCCUAAUAAAACAAGUACUUAUGUUGAUACUUGCAUUGACAAAAUUGAGCAACUCGAAGAUGACAGUAGUUUUUGUAAAUCAACUAAGGCCUCCAGGAAUAAGGAUAAUGAUUUGUUGUACGUUGAUUUAUUGAGUAAAGGAACUCAGAUAUCUGACAGGUCACCCAGUGUUGAGAUAAAGACCGAAGCAGAGGAUGAGGUUAUGGUUCAAAAUGAAAGAAAACAGUCAAAGCAAACAGUAAGACAAACUUUAAAAAGGAGUGAAAUAAGUUCACAAAGAAAGAGAAAAUUUGAUGAGGAUGAUUUAACUGAGACUGAUGAAGAUGGGGAUGAAAAUAAAGAAGAUGAAGAAGAACAAAGUGAAAUGGAUGAUAAUGAUACAGAUUACAAGCCUGAGAGUGCCAAGGAAACUUCAUCUGCUCCAGUUCGAGACGCCCCUAUACAGACACGAUCGAGAGCAAAUUAUAUGGUAGAAAUGAGGGGCCAGUAUUUUAAAACUUCUUUAUCAGCUCCAAAGUGAAACUUUUGUUUUUGUUCUAUAUAUUCAAAUUUCAGGUAAUAAUUUCUGUACUGGUCAGAUAAGAGCAACCUCCGCGCAGAGAUAAGACCAGAAUCAGCAUAAUUCUGAAUUAUGUGUUGAACUUUAACUUGUUGACAGUGCGCUGAACUCUGAAGUGUUGACAGUGCAUUGAACUGUGAAUUGUUGAUAAUGAGUUAAACUAUGAAUUGUUGACAGUGAAUUUAACUCUGAACUGUUGAAAGUGAGCUGAACUCUGAAUUGUUGACAGUAAGUUAAACACUGAAUUGUUGGCAGUGAACUUGACCUAGUUGACUAUUUGACAUAUUUAUUCAUAAAUUGAGAUCUUAACUAAAGUUGUAUUUAACUUGUAGUAUAACAUUAUAAAGUUUCUUUGUUAAAUCCAACAUUCAUGUUUUGUUGUUUUUACCAAGGGUUAGGUAUUUAACUUGAGUAAGGGUAGAUGGUCAGGUACAAAACUGUAAAUUUAACCCUUACAGUGCGGGAACCGAGUUGUGAAGGCCUUUGCAAACAGUUUGGAUCCAGAUGAGACGCCACAGAACGUGGCGUCUCAUCUGGAUCCAAACUGUUUGCUAUUCUGAUAGUAUUCUUUGAAAAAAAAUCAAAGAAAAUGCUAAUUUAAGAAAUUCAGCAGACGACAUUUUAGCAGACGACAAAUUUCCCAGCAUGCAAAGGGUUAAAGAUCAUGGGUUUGAUUGCAAUCAUAUAUUCCCACAUAACUUGUUUGGGAAAAUCAGCAUUUUUACAAUUAAUUUAUUUCUAGUACCAUUCUUUUUUCUCUGUAAUUUAAUUGCAGUGUAUGUAAAAUGUUUAAAAUUUGCACAAGUAUGUGAAGUUUGUACUGUAAACUAGCUACAGAGGAAAUGUGUGAUUGUGUGUCUACCGACCACUGCUAUUUCUGAAAUACUGUAUAAUACAGUAAACAAUAGAAAACAUACAAUAUUUGAUGUACAAUUUACACUUUAAGCUGUAUGAAACAGGUAACAGUUAUUAUGGCAAAAGAUCUUCAACAUCAUGUUCAAGUUGACAUCAGUUAUACUUACAAAUUGCUCAUGUAUGUUUAUGCACAAGUUGUUUUCUUUUUUUAUUACCGGUAUUAUUAUAGCCAUAUCCAGAUUGUUGUGUUAUAUUUCAUAGGAUUUUGUGGUAGUUUUUAAAUGUUUUUUUUAUUGAAAUGAUUCUUUGGAAUAAAUAUAGUUCUUGUU